GAGUUGGGAGAUGAUUCAGCCCCCAGUGACUUCACACGCAUCUGCCUCAGUUAGCUCUGAAGACACCAUUUCAUCCCUGUGCCCAGAACGGAGCUGGGUGCUGUGGGAGACACUGUCUCCGUCCUCGGGCAACCUGACUCUCCUCUGGAAGAGUAAUAAUACGUGUACCUACCGUAGAGAGAUGGCCAGUGGGUUUCUGAUGUCAGCUCUAGCUAAUUGGCGACUUCAUGGAGUAGUUCAUCAAAUCUAAGACACCAUCAAUUGUAAGAGACUCUUUUAUGUGCUCUUAAGAAAGAAGAAUGUGCUGCCAAUUAAACUGUCCCGACGUUUUUAGUUCAAAGAGCCUUGCCCUUCAAGCCCAGAAGAAGAUCCUGAGCAAGAUCGCCAGCAAAACCAUGGCGAACAUGUUGAUUGAUGACACCAGCAGCGAGAUCUUCGAUGAGCUCUACAAAGUCACCAGAGAGCACACCCACAACAAGAAGGAAGCCCACAAGAUCAUGAAAGACUUGAUCAAGGUGGCAAUCAAAAUCGGAAUACUCUACCGGCACAACCAGUUCAGCCAGGACGAGCUGGUCAUAGUGGAGAAGCUCAGGAAGAAGCUGAACCAGACGGCCAUGACCAUCGUCAGCUUCUAUGAGGUGGAAUACACCUUCGACAGGAACGUGCUCUCCAAGCUCCUGCACGAGUGCAAGGACCUGGUGCAUGAACUGGUACAGCGACACCUGACGCCCCGGACCCACGGGCGCAUCAACCAUGUCUUCAACCACUUUGCUGAUGUGGAGUUCCUGUCCACCCUGUAUAGUCUGGAUGGAGACUGCCGGCCCAACCUCAAGAGGAUGUGUGAAGGAAUCAAUAAAUUGCUAGAUGAGAAAGUCCUCUGAAUGCCUUCUCUCCUCCUGGACUUUGCUGAGUUCCAGCUACAGCACCCGGUGUGGUCCAGGUUAGAAUCCAGAAAACAGGAAACCCUCGUCCAAGAUGCCCGUGCCCUGCCCUAGUUACCCGUCUGCUGUUGAUGCCAGAUUUCACUCAGGUGUGUUUCUCCCCUGAGCCCACUGACAAGCUCUGUACCUCCAGUCACCUUGGUCCGCCAGCCCGAAGGACACAUCAUCCCUUCUCAGCGGAAGGCUGCUGUGCUCAUCAAGGUGAGCUCGCUUCAUCUUGUGGAGUGGAAGGAGCCCUGGACCAGGAGAUGGAGGACCUGGAUCUGGCUCCCGGCUUCACCAGCCCAGCCAUCCUCGGGAUCCUGGGAGCACGACGCUCGCCUGCCUCCCUCCCAGGGCUACUCGCAGGUUCAAAUGAAGCAACAUACGUUCACGCUUUUGAAAACUCUAACGUAAGGUCUUAUUAUUUUCUCUGUGGAGUGUGAGAGGGACCCACCUGGAUCUAGACUACUAUGCAGCAGAGAAGAAAAGAAUAACAGUAUCUAGUGGGCCAGGUCUACAGUCUGUCUCCAGAUGUGCUGUUCCACGCACAAAUGAAUACAAAGGUAUGAAAAAGCAUAGCUGCAGACCGGAAAACUUUUCUCCAAGGGCUGUGUUUUUAGGUCCCCGGCGCCGAUUGAUGAUGCCGCAGAGGGAGUCCUGCCAGCGGGGUGGGGGUGUGGAGAAUUUCCCACGCCUGACACAGGGGCAGAGAACCGUGCCCCCUGCAGACCCGGCCUCCCCCUCCGAGGGGCGCCACCCCUGAGGUGCAGAGGGCACAUCCCGGAAGCAUGGGAGAGCGGGCAGAACGACCCCCUAUCCCUCUCUCCUGGCCUUUCACAGCCCCAUUGUGCUAGUUUCUUUGGUUCAUCAAUAAAUUGAAACUACCCUUCGAA